CUCGCCCAUUGGCGGGGCCGCUGCCCACGCGCCGCUCCAUGGCGACGCGGCGGGCCAACAUGGCAGCCGGGCCGGGCGGAGGGCGCCCCGCGCUGUGCCCGCUGCUCCUGCUCCUGCUGGGCUGCGCCCCGGGCCGAGCCGAGCUCUGCCGGCACCGCGCGCCCCGCGGUCAGGAGGUUGUCUAUCAGGUGCCCCUUAAGGAAAACCACGUCUCGAAGAGAAAUGUGGAUCAGCAGCUCCGGAUUAAGACCGUGUACGACAGGAGCAUUGAGGAUUUGCUGCCAGAGAAAAGGCACCUCAUCAAGAACAAGCUUUUUCCACAAGCUAUAUCUUAUUUGGAGAAGACAUUUCAAGUGCGCAAAUCCACGGGUACUAUAUUACUAAGCAGGCAGUGUGCGACAAACCAAUAUCUAAGGAGGAAAGCUGACCCUCACAGAUACUGCCUGAGAGCCUGUGCAGACCAUACAAGAUGUGGGCCAGUUAUAGUGCCUGAGAAACACCUCCAGCAAUGCAGGGUGUACAAUGAGACUAAAUGCCACGGACCCACUUGCUUACCUGACCAAGAAGGGGUUCGGGAUGCUGACUUUGUCCUUUACGUUAGUGCUCUCACUACUGAAAGGUGUGGCCAUGAAAAUAUCAUUGCAUAUGCAGCCUACUGCCAGCUGGAAGCUGAAAUGGACAGGCCAAUAGCAGGGUAUGCUAACUUGUGUCCAAAUAUGAUUUCCACGCAAGCUCAAGAAUUCGUUGGCAUGUUGUCUACAGUGAAACAUGAGAUUAUCCAUGCACUGGGUUUCUCUGCUGGUCUGUUUGCCUUUUACCGUGAUGAUGAUGGAAAACCUUUGACAACAAGACAUGCAGAUGGACUCCCUCCUUUUAACGAAAGUCUAGGUUUGUAUCAGUGGAGCAAUAAAGUCGUUCAGAAAGCCGUGAGAUUAUGGGAUGUACGUGGUGGCAAAAUGCUGCGCCAUGCUGUUCAUCUUCUGGUAACGCCUCGUGUAGUUGAAGAAGCUCGAAAACAUUUUAAUUGUCCAAUUCUAGAGGGAAUGGAGCUUGAAAAUCAAGGUGGCAUGGGUACUGAGCUCAAUCACUGGGAGAAGAGAUUGUUGGAGAACGAAGCAAUGACUGGAUCCCACACACAGAAUCGGGUCUUUUCCAGGAUCACCUUAGCAUUAAUGGAAGACACAGGCUGGUAUAAAGCAAAUUACAGCAUGGCGGAGAAAUUAGAUUGGGGACGCAGUAAAGGCUGUGACUUUGUAAUGAAGAGCUGUAAAUUCUGGAUCGACCAAAAGAAGAUAAAGAGGCAAUUAAUCAGUCCAUACUGCGACACUUUGAGGAGUAAUCCUUUGCAGUUAACCUGCAGACAAGAUCAAAGAGCAGUAGCAGUGUGCAACUUGCAGAAAUUUCCAAAGCAGUUACCUCAGGAAUAUCAGUAUUUUGACAAUCUUAGCGGAGUACCACCAGAGGAAUUGCCUUUUUAUGGUGGCUCAGUAGAAAUUGCCGACUAUUGUCCCUUUAGUCAAGAAUUUAGUUGGCAUUUAAGUGGUGAAUUUCAACGCAGCUCAGACUGUAGAAUAACUGAAAACCAACCAGAUCCUACCAAAAACUAUGGUGCAGAGAAAUAUGGGCCAAACUCUGUCUGUCUUAUUCAGAAAUCUGCUUUUGUAAUGGAACAGUGCAGGAGGAAACUCAGUUACCCCGACUGGGGUAGUGGAUGUUACCAAGUUUCUUGUUCUCCACAAGGGCUGCAUGUUUGGGUCAAGGACAUUGCGUACUUGUGCAGCCGUUCAGGACAGGUAUUAACUGUGAGCAUUCAGAUGAAUGGCUGGAUACAUGUUGGAAAUCUAAUUUGCCCAGCCUGUUUGGACUUCUGUGACUCCUGUCCCCCAGAGCGGGAUCCUCCUCCUUUGAACAUAACAAGAGCGGCACCAAUCGACUUAUGCUCCUGCUCGUCCAGCCUGGUUGUAACCCUUUGGCUAUUGAUGGCUAACUUAAUUCCCCUGCUAACAGGACUGUUUCUCUGCGCAUAGAGUUAAGCGUGGGGCAAGAAGGUGUUCCAAGAUGAUUUACCAUUAUGUUGCACUCCUUACUGUGGAGCACGGAGGUUUUUGUCUCUGCGGGCAGCAGUCUUCUGCUGCGCCUCAUCUCUCCUGGCAAGUAUUGGUGCAGAGAGCAGUCAGGGAGGUACUGACAAAAGCAGCUGGAGUUUGAGAGGAGAGAAAUUUACUUUGUCAUCUCAAUAAGUGCCAGUAUUUUCUCGAAUUGUGCAACCUUAGAUUUUUUUGAUGCAGUUACAAGAUCCACUAUGCCAACUGUGUUAGACUACCUGGCAACUCAGUCAAGAUUUGAAACGGGAACUCUUCUGUAAUAGAGCUGAGGGUUUUUUUUUUUAUGUCCUCUGUGUGACUGGUAGCGAAGCAUCCUCGAACUGGAAAUAUACCUCAGUGGUUUAGUCAAAAGCCAUGUGAAAAUCGGUUGUCACCACUGCGAAUAACCCAGGCCUAAACAGGUGUGGGAAUGCUUUGUUUUUUUGGUCAAUUCUUAUAUGGGGGGAAGAAGGAUGGACCAGUGGUUGGCAGUCGUCUCCACUACUGGAUUCUGCAGCUUUAUGGUUCUCAGAAUUCGCACGUUUGCAGUAAAGCAGCUGAUUCUUGGGGUUCACUUAAACCUUCCUACAUGCACGAAGUAAAGUUUCAGACUGGUAACCCACACAACUGUCUAGAAACCCUGUUCUCAUUUAGCAUGUGCCAGUUCUACUGUGAAAUUUAAGGCAUCAGGCGUUUGAGUAUUCUCAGUGAUUUCCUAGGCAGAUGCAUUUCGGUACUGACACCCUGUCUGUAAGACUGGGAUAGGUUUUCUGAUUAUUUUUAAUUUUGUUGGUUUGUUCAUUAAAUAAUAGAGUUAUUAUUUAUUAACCAGUAUGAACACAAAUGCAGCUGUUCUCACGUUUUGUUGAAGGGCAAACCAUUAGCAAUGGCAGCUAUAAUCAUACAGGACCAUUUUGAUUUCUCUAGACCAAAACCUACAUUGAAUGUGUAAAAAAAAGUCUAAUCUGUUUUUUUCUUGUCUCCCUGCCCCUGCUUUUUCUCAGACUUAUAAAUACAAACACUCAAAUAAUCCAUAGUAAUAAGUUAGAGAAUCAGACGUUUUGAACCACAUGAGGGCACACUUUGGUACAAAAUUGGUUGAUGGAUAAAAUAUACGAGGAAGGUAAUGGGCAAGAUCUGUCUAGGUAAGGACAGCUGUUCUACAGGACACUUGUAAGGAUGUUUUUAUUUGUUUCUGACUCUACAAUGUGUUACAAAGAAUCUUGUUUGUACUAACAAACUCUUACGUGGUUCAUUCCAUUGUCUGCCAUGUUAGGAUAGUUUUCAUUUUUGGGAAGGCGUUAAACUGGAGGGAGCAGAUGUACCCAGUGCGCUGAAGAGUGCAGAUACAGAGAGAAAGGUGACAUUACUUUCAUUUUUGACAUGUGCUGUGAUGUUAGAAUUGUCAGUGACUGUCUAAAAUGAAAGGUAGAGGAAUGAAAAGGGUAGGGAGUAAAAUUUCUUUAGCUACAAUUAAACUUGUUUAGUAAUAGGACUUCCAUUGUAAGAAAAUCUUUGUGCCUACUGGAGUUGUUUGGGUUUUAAUUUUAAAAAAACCUCUUAUGACACCGUUGAGGUGAUUAAGCUGCAACCUAAAACUGUCUGCAGGCAUCACAGGUGAGAGGGCACCUUGCACUGAGCUAGUUUCCCUUCUUAACUGCAGGUUAAGUUGGCUUUGAAUUACACAAGGCCUAGGCUAGCCUUAAAUAGGACUUUGAGAAGCAAUACUAAUUAGGAGUCAAACGCUUUAAAUGUGUAAAAGUUCGAAUUAAGAAACACUCAGAUUAAUAAGUGAACACAGAUUAUUUUAAUAUAUGCAUGAUCAACAAACGGUUGGUGUAAAUUGAUUCCUUGAAGAUGUAAAGGUUUGAGAAUACGUCUGAAGUCCCAGAGGUUGAUAUUGUAUUUUUUUGUCUGUUGUGCAAUAAUACAGUUUAAAUGGUAUCACUCAACAACCAUGCUUUUGAUACUUGAAAAUAAAUUAUUGGUUAUUUUUUCUUACUGUGAAAUAUUUGCACUGUCUGAACUCUCUGGUUAACUUUAUAACUGUUAAACUUUUUUACUAGUGUUAAUUUAUUGUGCUUGAUAUUUGAUCUGUUGGUCUCCUGUCUAAGUGUGGGAUUUGUCAUAUUUAAUUGAGUAUUUUUAUCUUCUACACGGUUGCUUAUCUUGAGGGCUUUUCUUCUUUUAUUCUCUUUUCCUGAGAAUUAACUGAAAGAUGGCUUAAAAAGUUGAUGCUUACCUACUUCUGAAUUGUAUGCAUUAAUUAAAGAGGCUGUAGUGUGUUGUACCUACAGGGAAAAAUCUGUUUGCUGUCAGAGCUCUUGUGGUCAGAUUCACCAGUACCUGCUGAGUAGCUGCAUCAGCAGAUCCAGUGAAGUAAAACUAUUACUGCCUUAAUAAUCUGAGAUUUCAGUCGUAAUUUCUUUGACGUGCAGCCCUUCAGCUGGCUGUGAACUGCAGAACUGAACAGGACUUUGGGGAGUCGGGGAGGGAAGGUACUUGAGUGAGCAAACCCCAACACGCUAUGUGCUAUUGGUGCAUUAGCAGCUGUAGUCAUGUUGGAACUGCCAAGAAAUGCGUCACUUUAAAGUCAGAAUGCAUUGGUGACUGACUAAAAGCAUAUUUGAGUAAAACCACCUACCUCAGUUCUGUUUGUCUUUGAAUUAAGCUUCUGGCCUGCUGUGAACUUCCUGAAUCUUAAGAUGAAUUAAAUAAAAACAUGUCUCAGGUUUUUAAGAGCAAAAUAAAUACAGUAGGAAGCAUAAGCCAUUUUUAAGUGCAGAACACAGCUAAAAUUGUAGCUUAAACAAUUCAGUUAUGUAGCCUUAAGUGUAGUUCCAUCCUAUUGCAUCACUUAACAUGUGAGAACUUGAAAAUAGGGCCCAGAUAAGCAUUUGUGUUUUCACCAGGGUAGACAUGGCAGCAGGACCCCUGGAAAUAAUGGCCUCAAGAUGUGCCGGGGAGAUUUAGGUUAGAUAUUAGGAGGAAUUUCUUUACUGACAGGGUUGUCAAGCAUUGACACAGGCUGCCCAGGGAGGUGGUUGAGUCACCAUCCCUGGAGGUGUUUAAAAGACAAGUAGAUGUUGUACUUGGGGCCAUGGUCUAGUGGUUGACUUAGGGCUGGAUCGAUGAUUGGACUCAAUGAUCUUGAUCUUUUCCAACUGAAGUCAUCUGUGACAUAGUCCUGAGAGAGAAAUGAGUUAGCUUGGCUGUAGCAGAAACAUUUGCAGAAUGUAAUGUCCACAGAUUUCAUUUUUAAUAAUAUUUCAUGUUUGAUUAUUAGUCUUGCAGUCUUCUUCUACCCCAGCAGUUCAAAUCUAUAAUAUUCCAAUUAGAAAUUGAGGCAAGUUGUGCUUCAGGAACACAUUUGUCUUGGAGAGGAAGGAUUGCUUUCGGCUAGAGUAUCCAGCAAGUAAUGCGACACUGAAAAGCAGGCAAUUCAUUCCUCCUGGAAUGAGUUGAGGCUGUGGCAGGAGACCGUUACGGCCUUGGUUGUAGGUUGAUUACUGAAAGAACAUUUUUCACCCCCAUUAAUGGACUGUGGGUGCAAUGCAGCUCAUUCUUUCUGCUGUGCACUAGUAAACUGGGAGGACUAUUGUCAUAUCCACAGUCCCUUACAAGGGCCAGUGGUUUUUAAAUCCUCCUGUCCUGCGGAGCUUUCUGCUUGAAUAUAUUUCAGUAGAGAGGGGCAGGUGUACACCAUUUCUUCCCUGCACUUCCUACGCAUGACUUCCAGCCAGCUGAGCUGGUCAGGAUUUAACCACCAGCUUUCACCUGGCUGAAUGUAUCUGUCUGCAGGGUUUGGGUCUAUUUGAACACUGACUAAUGUGAGCUUAUGCUACCACACUUCCAAAGUGCAAAUGUUGCCUUUUUAAUGUGAAGCUUAUCUUGGAGAUAAAACAACUGUCUUGAUCUGACUGGCUGACCUUGAACAUGCGUUUCCUAUUUUGGUACAGAAUGUAAAUAUAGAACAAGCUAUUUUGUGUAGAUUUUGAUUGGAUUGAGAUUUAAGGGCUAUUUUUUGUUAUUUAUGGAGUAAAAAUUUCCUUAUUUUAUUGUGUAAAAAAAAGUACGUCAUACAAAAGCAGAAAAAAGAUGUU